UUUAAAGUACAGUAAUUAUUUCUGAAUUUGUGCUUUUUAUGCAAAUCUGCACCCUCCUUUUUCCUUCUUUGGGUGACCUGUCAACAGUCACGCUAGCUGGCAUUCAGACUGAAAUGUCCAUUUUAAAGAAAUGCAAAGCUUAUCUAAUAAAGCAAAUUUGUCUUUUAGUAAGCCCAGUUAAGAUGCUAAACACAGCUGUUUGAGUGACUGGAAGGUAAUUGAUUCUCUGACGUUCAGAAGCUUGCAGGUUUGAUGAGGGAGUGAAUAUAUAAAAGAGAGUGCGGCAAUACCCACAACAGCUAGAGACUCGCCACUCUGGUUAGAAAAAGCUGGAUAGGAUUUUCUCUAUUUCCUGGGACACAGCAAGAAUCGGAAGUAUUGUCAGGCAAGCAAGAAGGCCAAGAACAAAGUUGCAGACUUGAGAGGACCAUUUUCCUGAAGGGAGCUAUUGCCCCAGAAGAGUGAAGAAUGCUGGACAGGGCUGUUCUCCUUCUCUUCCUCCAUUUCAUCAUGUGUUCCCUCUCGUCUCCUCUCUACCCAGCACUCAGAUAUAGUCCACUCCCCAUUUCUGGCAAGGCAGUGAGCUUUCAACUGCAAGAAAGUGGCCCUGUGCAAAGCCACAACCUCUCAGUAGAGGAGCAGGAGGAGGAGAACUUCCUCACCGACCCUGCUGAGAAAAGGAUGCAACGCCAUGCAGAUGCAAUAUUUACUGAUAGUUACCGCAAAGUUCGGGGUAAGAUGUCAGCCCAGAAGUUAUUGCAAGGCAUCGUUGGGAAAAGACUUGGGGAAGGCAACCUGGGGGAUGAGGAACACGAAUUCAUGACCCGGAGGCAGUCUGACAGCAUCCUGAUGGGCAGUCGCUAUCACCAGCAGAUGGUACUGAGGAAUUUCUUGGGAGCCAUGUUGCAGAAUCAAAGGUCUCAAGAUAUCAAUGAUGACCACUUGGAAGAUUUUGUCAGUGUCCUAACCAAGCUAAUGGAACUGUAAAUAAGCUUUGUCCUGCUUCAUUCUGGUCAGUGCCACUCCCAGAGCACCCUCCUCUUCUUUCUGCUUCUGAAGCAGUACAAAGAAACAGACAUAUUACUAUGUGCACCAAUACUGUCCAGAAUGCCAUCAGGAAAACAAAGUGUGAGGGCCUUCUGUUCCCUGUGCUUUCCUACAGUUUGACUGUUGAAUAUGUAGCCUCACUUCAGUUUGAAAAUAAAUGCCCCUGAUGUAUAGCAAUCAUAUAUAUAUAUAUAUCCAAACUCUUUUUUUCCUAUACAGAAUUACUGCAUAAAGGCACAGAGUUGUGUGGUAUCAAAUAUUAGCCAUGGGGGCCUCUGCCAAUGAAUUAAUUGGGAACUGACCUUGGGGUUCACUGGAAAGCAUAUGACUGACUUCUGAUUUCAGGACCAUGGACAGCUUUUACCCUGCACUAUGUGCUGCUGCUAGAAAUAAAGGGAACAUCAACCAACCAAAUGACUACAGCCAAAACAAUGUUGGAAGUGCAACAAAAUAAUUCUGAAAAUGCAGAAAGCCAAACCUUGGAAUGUAAGGGAAAUUCACUGCAUCAUCAGAAAUGAUCAGGGAGGAAAGGCUUAGGAGACCAAAAAGGAACAAACAUGCAAGGAAAGCAGUAAGAAGCGAAGCAGUAGAAAAAGCACUUUCAUCUAGAUUGCCAUGACUACUGCAAAGGCCAGGGCUGCUAUCCGGAGAAUUCUUUCAAAUACGCACAAAAAGUGUGCCCAGAUAUAAGAGGGCAGGGACUGGGAAACCUUUUGAACUUGAGGGCUGUGCAUCAGUGGUAGGUGGAGCAACAAAUGUGUAUUUUACCUUUGCACAGAAUUCUCUAUUCUCCAUACAGGCAAGCAAAAGGCAUUAUCAGAGUUCAAAAGGACACAUUUCAGCCAGUGGCUUGGGGAGGGUG